AUGAGUGAAGAAUUGGCGAUUUAUUUAGCCAAUUUACGGCGGGAAUUGACGAAAGAAGAAGAGGAGAAUAUUUCAAAUUAUUUGAAUGCUAAUGAUAGCGAUGAUGAUGAUGGUGGAAGAGAACCUAAAUUUGGUGGUGACCACGAAUCGAUACCCAGUGACCAAUCGGACUACGGAGAUGAUAAUGCUCAGCCCAUUAGUGAUCCACGGUUCGAAGAAUAUAUCCAUGAGGAGGCUGCUGCAGAUAGAGACAAUGACGAAAGCAAACUUAAUUUGUCAAAUUCGGCUAUUGAGGGGUAUUCGCUUUUCGCGAACGCAGUUCCACCCGAUAUCCUUGAUUAUCCCACCAGCACGGAUAUGGUGAUACGAGAGGGCGCUAACGUAACACUGAAAUGUGCAGCAGUUGGCUCACCAACACCGACUAUAACAUGGCGGCGUGAAGGUGGCGAGCCCAUACCGCUGCCCAACAAUACCGAAGUCAUCGCCUACAAUGGCUCUUAUCUGACGAUUACUAAAGUCCAACGCCUUAAUAUGGGUGCAUAUUUAUGCAUCGCCUCGAAUGGCAUUCCGCCAACGGUCAGCAAGCGCGUAAUGCUGAUUGUGCACUUUCCCCCAAUGAUUUGGAUACAAAAUCAGCUAGUCGGUGCUUCCACCGGGCAGUACAUAGCACUUGAGUGUCAGUCAGAGGCGUAUCCGAAGUCUAUAAAUUACUGGACGAAAAAUGACAUCAUCAUUGUGCCGGGUGGGCACUUUGCAUCCGAAACUGUUGAAAGUGGCUACAAAAUAACUAUGCGCUUGACCAUAAAAGAUGUUGACAUAUCAGAUUUCGGUUCUUACCGUUGUGUGGCGAAGAAUUCUCUUGGUGAUACGGACGGCACAAUUAAACUCUAUCAUAUUCCGCAAACAACGACAGUAACCACAUUAGCACCUACGGUGGCUCUAAAUACCGUGCCAGUUGUGGUUACGAAAUACAACAACAAAGAUCAACGCUUCAGUAAAAAAAUUCAUCGCAUAAAAUCGAAUGUUGCAGAUAUUUCGUCGUCAUCAUCCUUGAACAAUGUUUAUAUUGGUGCCACAUCGAGCUUAUGGAAUUCACAAGAUCACGGCACAGGGAGAGAGCAUAAUCAAUCUUUACCUUGUAAACCCGAAAUGACGUCUAAUGUACUCUGCGGCACAAAGCCAGCUGACCAACUAGUUUCACUUUCAGUGGAUUCUUCAAGCGCCUUCUCUUCCAAUCAUAAUUCACAUCAUAAUGCAGUUUUGUGGACGUAUCUCCUUCAAGGAUUAUACAUGUUAUUUAGUGCCAGUAUCCCAAAUUGUGACCACUUCAGCUUACAUAACUCUGGAAUGUACAUAUAUUAGAAGACAAACUUGGGGUGCCUUUGAAGAUAUAAAGUAUAAGUAGUGGUAAUGAAACAAGCCAAAACCUGUGGUGCAUUUGUAAUACUACGUGGUGAAACAUUUCGUACCAAUCCGGUGAACAACAUACGAUUUGAAGAUACAACUGUCAUAAUGCGGUAAAUUCGUCCAAAUGCCGUCAAAUAUAACAUAAACAUAAAGGAGUUGAAAACCUGUAUCACUGUUUGAAACGGAAAAUUUUAAAAGGAGCCCAAAUAGAUAUCAUGGAGAUAUUAUUUA